AUGGGCUCCGUUACCAACGGCACUAACGGCUCCAAGACGUUGAAGCGUGAGCCACUCAAACGGGGCACGUCAAUCGACCACCUCGAGUAUGUCGAUGUCUCGCCCAUCAUCGGCCGUGAGUAUCCGACGGCAAAGCUCAAGGACAUGCUGAAUGCGCCCAACGCCGAGGAGCAGCUCCGCGACCUUGCCAUCACCAUCUGCGAGUGUGGAGUUGUCUUCUUCCGCGCCGCCCAGGACGAUCUCUCCGUCGAGGAGCAGAAGUAUAUCACCGAUAUGCUUGGCAAAUUGACCGGAAGGCCUGCAGACCACGGCCUCCAUGUGCACCCUCUGUACAAUGACCCGAACAAUCUGCCCAUGGCUGAUGGUACUACGGACAAGAACAUCUACGUUAUCAAUUCCGAGGCUGCGAAGAAGUUGUACGCCACGAUGAAGAACCGCCCUGGCUCACUUAAUGAGCCACGGGAUCUGGGCCGUGAAUGGCAUAGCGACAGCCUCUUCGAGAAUUGCCCCUCCGAUUUCUCUUUCCUCCGCAUGCAGGAUACUCCGCCGUCCGGGGGUGACACCCUUUGGGUAUCGGGCUAUGAAUUGUAUGACAGGCUCUCGCCGCCGUUCCGAGCCUUCCUCGAGACGCUGACCGCCACCUGCGCUCAACCCGUAUUCAAAUCCGCGUGUGAGGCCGGGGGCUACGACGUCAUGUCCCCAAGAGGCUCGCCUCUAAACGUAGACUACGAGUUCAGCCCAUCCCACCCGGUCAUUCGGACGCACCCGGUUACGGGCUGGAAAUCCCUCUUCGCAGGUGUUGGCCUCCACGUCACUCGUAUCAACGGCGUUCACACCUACGAGGACCAGAUUAUUCGAGAUUAUGUGCUCAGACUCAUUACGCGGAACCAUGACUGCGUAGCCAGGAUGCAUUGGACCAGAGGUGCAUGUGCUAUCUGGAGUAACGAAUGCACUUUGCAUGCUGCCACUCCCGACACGCACCUGGUAGAUGGUGUCAGGACUGGUGUUCGUGCAUCAGGUAUUGGCGGAGUGCCAUAUUUGGAUCCUGCGAGCACUGGGAGGAGGGAAGCUUUGGGCAUGCCUCCAUACUGA